AUGGGCAACUCUGUAAAGUCGCUUAAAAUUUUCACCAAGAAGGUAAGGUCCGACCAAAAGAAGAACUACAAAGCAGUGCAGUCCUCUGAGGAGGGGGGAUCUGGGGGGGCCUACCUUGAGCCGCUAGUGGCCCUGGCCCAGAACGGAGCCACUAUGCACAACGUACUGGGGCCUGCGUGCAUCUUUCUACGCAAGGGCUUCGCUGAGAGCCGGCAGGCUGACCGAGAGUUGAGGCCAGAAGAAAUGGAUGAGUUGCGUGAGGCGUUCAAGGAGUUCGACAAAGACAAAGAUGGGUUUAUCGGCUGUAAAGAUUUGGGGAACUGCAUGAGAACGAUGGGCUACAUGCCAACAGAGAUGGAGCUAAUAGAACUGAGCCAGCAGAUCAACAUGAAUUUGGGAGGACAUGUUGACUUUGAGGACUUUGUUGAACUAAUGGGGCCCAAACUUCUGGCGGAAACAGCAGACAUGAUCGGGGUGAAGGAGCUGAGGGAUGCGUUCAAGGAGUUUGACACUAAUGGCGACGGCCAGAUCAGCACAGCAGAACUUCGAGAGGCGAUGAAAAAGCUUUUAGGACAACAGGUCGGACACAGAGACCUGGAGGACAUCUUACGAGACAUCGACCUCAACGGAGACGGGCAUGUCGACUUUGAAGAGUUUGUGCGGAUGAUGUCUCGAUGAGUUCCUGGCAGAGAGUUGACAUGUUAAAGCACAACAUGGGUUCUCUGUUGGUGUGGGAGGAUAAGGAGAGAGAGUCCAGUACAGAGUGCCGAUGGAUCUGGAACUUCUGAACUGUAAAUGAACAAGAAAACACAAACAUAUCAACCCAGCCCUGAAACUGCCAUGCUGAAGCACAAAGGCUGACGACUGCUGCCGAGAGCAACACUGUUGAUUAUAUGCUGCUGCUGUUUCUUAGAACACACACAAAACCAAC